GGACCCUGGGGGCCGGCGGCGGUUCCGGAACCAGCUGCAGGCUGCUGGCGGCGCGCGAGGUGUUGGAGCUCUCUGCUUGGAAGGCAAGGCGUCUCGGGAACCAUGGAGGGUACAAGAACUUUCCUUGAUGUUAAAGAGUACCCUGACGCGGAGGUACAGAGAGAUCAAGUGUUGACUCUGGAAGAAUGGCAAGAAAAGUGGGUGAGCCGCAAAAUUGGAUUCCAUCAGGAGCAAGGGCAUAAGCUAUUAAAGAAGCAUUUGGAUACUUUCCUUAAGGGCGGGAAUGGACUGAGAGUAUUUUUUCCUCUUUGUGGAAAAGCGGUUGAGAUGAAAUGGUUUGCAGACCUAGGACACAGUGUCGUAGGUGUGGAAAUCAGUGAACUUGGGAUACGGGAAUUUUUUACAGAGCAGAAUCUUUCUUACUCAGAAGAACCCAUCACGGAAAUUCCUGGAGCCAAAGUUUUCAAGAGCUCUAAAGGGAACAUUUCGUUGUACUGUUGCAACCUUUUUGAUCUUCCCAGAGCCAAUAUUGGCAAAUUUGACCGGAUCUGGGAUAGAGGAGCAUUAGUUGCUGUGAACCCAGGCGAUCGUGAGCGCUAUGUGGAUGUCGUGCUGUCCCUAACGAGGAAAGGGUUUCACUACCUCUUGGCUAUUCUUUCUUAUGAUCCCACUAAAUACGCAGUUCCUAGCUCAGACGAUACAAGACAGGGAGAAAUGGAUGGCCCUAAUACAAAAGCGAGGUCUCAUGAACUCUGGAGUAGGAGGAAGAGAGACGAUUUGCCCGGCUUGAAUAUAGCCUGUAUGUUUCAUCCCUGCCGUGGGGGACGUGUUAGGUGCACGCCCGCAAACACACACACACACACGCACCGCCUCUAGGACAACGGGUGAGACAUGGAUGUACGGUGAUAGGAAGUGUGCAGAAAAAUCCCCGCACUAUUAUGGCUUUUUACUGCUGAAAUUUUACAAUUUAUUGCAUUCUUUAAUAAUGAUCGUUGUUUUGAACUCAUCAAAGUGAGGUUUUCUUCUGGAUUCCUUUUGAUGGGUUUCAACGUUGUAGGCUUAACCUUUGCCAUGACUGAUCUUUUAUUUCCAGGAAGAAGUGAAAACCAAAUACAUAGACUUUUAUUGUAAAAAUCACCUUUUUGAUUUUUUAACAGUUUUUAAAUUUUUUUUAAAAUGCGGCUUUUUAGGGGC